AUGGUGCAGUUUCGAGAUUUAAAUCCGGAUGUGAACGUUUUCCAGCGAAAGUUUGUGAAUGAGGUGCGAAGGUGUGAAGAAAUGGACCGUAAACUGAGAUUUGUGGAAAAGGAGAUAAAAAAGGCAAAUAUCGACAUUGUGGACACAGGAGAGAAUCCCGAAGUACCCUUCCCGAGAGACAUGAUCGACCUGGAGGCCACGUUUGAGAAACUGGAGAACGAACUGAAGGAGAUCAACACAAACCAGGAAGCUCUGAAGAAGAACUUUCUGGAGCUGACGGAGCUCAAGCACAUCCUGAGGCGCACGCAGCAGUUCUUCGAUGAAAUGGAGGAUCCCAGUAUACUUGACGAGUCCAACACUCUCCUGGACCCCAGUGAGGUGACCCGGGCCCCUCUCCGACUCGGUUUCGUGGCCGGAGUCAUCGGUCGCGAGCGCAUUCCCACUUUUGAGCGGAUGCUGUGGAGAGUUUGCAGAGGAAACGUGUUUUUGAGGCAGUCGGAAAUUGAGGACCCUCUGGAAGACCCCACCACGAGCGACCAGGUCCACAAGUCGGUGUUCAUCAUCUUCUUCCAGGGAGAUCAGCUGAAAAACAGGGUGAAGAAGAUCUGUGAAGGGUGA